AUGUCACCACGGAAACUUCUAGCGUCGUCCCGACAGAUUUCACGGCACUUGCUGGUGCUGGUGGCCGUCGUGUUGGUCGUUUGCAUCUUAGGCUAUCUCAACAACGGAAAGAAUGCCCACGGCGGUCAAAGUGCGCAGCUCUUGCUGCGAGAACAGCUGGCAAGGCUGCUUUCGGAAUCGACGACUACGACGAAAAAUCCCAACGAAUGGACACCGCCGGGCGAUCUCGGAUAUGCAGUGAAGCUGGGUUCCACGGAAGAAUCGAUCGGUAAAAUGGUUAAACUCGGUUACGACAGUCAGGGUCUGAAUCAGUACAUUUCGGACCUGAUUCCGGUGAAGAGAAGACUGCCGGACAUUCGAGACCCUUGGUGUAAAGAGCCCGGAAGGUACCUCGAGGAUUUACCGGAGGCUUCAAUCGUUAUUGUGUUCUACAACGAAGCAUGGUCGGUGCUAGUGCGAACGGUUCACUCCAUUCUGGACCGUUCCCCGGAAAAGCUGAUCAAAGAGAUUGUUCUGGUGGAUGAUUACUCCUAUCUUCCUCAUUUGAAAACCCAACUGGAGGAAUAUUUUAUAACCUACCCAAAGGUUCGGAUCAUUCGUGCCGAGGAACGAUUGGGAUUAAUGCGAGCCCGUUUGCUGGGGGCGCGCAGCGCCACUGCAGAAGUGCUCACCUUUCUGGAUGCCCAUGUCGAGUGUAUUGAAGGAUGGUUGGAGGCCCUGCUGGAUCCGGUAGCUCGCAACUGGACCACCAUCGCCAUACCGACGAUCGACUGGAUCGAUGAACAUGAUAUGCACCUACGGUCGGAAAAUGCGCCGGCAUUCUACGGAGCGUACGACUGGGAUCUGAACUUUGGCUGGUGGGGCCGCUGGUCCCGGAAGAACAAACCCGAAAACAAGUUGGAACCAUUUGAAACUCCUGCCAUGUCCGGAGGGCUGUUUGCCGUCACCAGGAGGUUCUUCGAGCAUGUCGGUUGGUACGAUGAGGGCUUUGAAAUCUACGGCGUGGAAAAUAUUGAACUUUCGAUCAAAAGCUGGAUGUGUGGUGGCAAGAUGGUAACCGUUCCCUGCUCUCGAGUGGCUCACAUCCAGAAGACCGGCCACCCGUACAUGCAGCAAACAUCGAAGGACGUGAUUCGCGCCAACUCGCUGCGAUUGGCGGAAGUUUGGAUGGACGAAUAUAAGCACGUAAUUUACGAUAUCUACGGGAUUCCCAAAUAUCCAGUUGAUGAAGCUGGCGAGCUGUGCUCGCGGAGACAAAUUCGAAAGCAAGCGAAUUGUAAAACUUUCCGCUACUACGUGGAGAAUGCUUUCCCCGAGAUGCAUAAUCCGAUGGUUGUGGGAGCCUUCCGGGGAGAGAUGAAAAACAAAGCAAUCGGCAACGGAACCUGCUUGGAGUACGUAAAGGAGGAAGCAUCACUGCGCAUGGCACCCUGCGAUCACCAGGAGCGCAACCAAUUUUGGACCCACAACUACUACCGGGAGCUGAACAGUAGGCGGAACUGUAUCGACUACACGGGCAGCGGCAAGGUGCUGGUGUUCGGUUGUCAUCGGGCGCGCGGUAACCAGGAGUGGGAAAACGUCAACGCCACCGGCCAGUUCCGCAGCAUCAAGCACAACAAGUGCUUGGCCGUUAACCUGGAAGACUACAAAACGCUAAAGAUGGAAGACUGCGAUGCCAAGCGGGACGCCCAGAUGUGGUUGGUGAACUUGAUCAAGCUGGACGUGUCGAUUUUUUCCAACCCGUGA